UCUGGUGUAAUUAUGAUUCCCCUGAGACUCACUAAUUUGGUUUUAAGAUGAUAGGCUUCCUCCUUUGUCUCUGUCAUGGGCAGAUCUAAAGUCCCAAAUUUUUUGUUAUGUCAUCAUCAGGAAUAUCCAAUUUUCCUUCAAGGAAAAAGAACAGAAAUGCUACUUUAAUUGAAUUCAUUGGAGGAGAGCUCCACUGCAGGAAUGUCCCAGACCAUGUUUUCAGGGCCAAGAGUAAGGCCAGUCUGGGUCCACUUUGCUCCCAUUUCCUCCUCCUCCCUCUCUUGAGUUGGACAGUUGAUUCAUGGACUAUGUCUGUGAAUUACCAAAAAUACUUAGGGUGGUGUUGCUUUGCAGAUAGUUGGCAGAGAGAGAAGUUGGCUACCAUGGAGUCACCAGAGGAGCCUGGAGCAUCCAUGGAUGAGAACUACUUUGUGAACUAUACUUUCAAAGACCGCUCUCACUCAGGCCGCGUGGCUCAGGGCAUUAUGAAGCUGUGUUUAGAAGAGGAGCUCUUUGCUGACGUCACCAUUUCAGUGGAAGGCCGAGAGUUUCAGCUCCAUCGGCUGGUCCUGUCAGCUCAGAGCUGCUUCUUCCGGUCCAUGUUCACUUCUAACCUGAAGGAGGCUCACAACCGGGUGAUUGUGCUGCAAGAUGUCAGUGAGUCUGUUUUCCAGCUCCUGGUUGAUUAUAUAUACCACGGCACUGUGAAACUUCGAGCUGAUGAGCUGCAGGAAAUUUAUGAGGUGUCAGACAUGUAUCAGCUGACGUCUCUCUUUGAGGAGUGUUCUCGGUUUUUGGCACGCACGGUACAAGUGGGCAACUGCCUUCAGGUGAUGUGGCUCGCAGAUAGGCACAGUGAUCCUGAGCUCUACACUGCUGCCAAGCACUGUGCCAAGACCCACCUGGCCCAGCUGCAGGGCGCAGAGGAGUUCCUCCACUUGCCCCACCACCUGCUCAUUGACAUCAUCUCAGAUGGGGUUCCAUGUUCCCAGAAUCCAACAGAGGCAAUAGAAGCCUGGAUCAAUUUCAAUAAAGAAGAAAGAGAGGCUUUUGCAGAGUCACUCAGGACUAGCUUGAAGGAAAUUGGGGAGAAUGUGCACAUUUACCUCAUCGGGAAAGAGUCAUCUCGCACCCACUCCUUGGCUGUGUCUUUGCACUGUGCAGAAGAUGACUCCAUCAGUGUAAGUGGCCAAAACAGCUUGUGCCACCAAAUCACUGCAGCCUGCAAGCAUGGUGGAGACUUGUAUGUCGUGGGAGGGUCCAUCCCACGGCGUAUGUGGAAAUGUAACAAUGCCACCGUUGACUGGGAGUGGUGUGCUCCUUUGCCCCGGGACCGCCUCCAGCACACCCUGGUGUCUGUGCCUGGGAAAGAUGCCAUAUAUUCACUGGGUGGCAAGACACUUCAGGAUACCCUCUCCAAUGCAGUCAUCUACUAUCGGGUAGGUGACAAUGUGUGGACAGAGACAACUCAGCUAGAGGUGGCUGUAUCUGGAGCCGCUGGGGCCAACCUCAAUGGAAUCAUCUACUUACUAGGGGGUGAGGAGAAUGAUCUAGACUUCUUUACCAAACCUUCCCGACUUAUCCAGUGCUUUGACACAGAAACCGACAAGUGCCAUGUGAAGCCGUAUGUACUGCCCUUUGCAGGCCGCAUGCACGCAGCUGUACAUAAGGAUCUGGUAUUUAUUGUGGCAGAGGGGGACUCUCUGGUGUGCUAUAAUCCCCUUCUAGACAGCUUCACCCGGCUCUGUCUUCCUGAGGCAUGGAGCUCUGCCCCAUCCCUCUGGAAGAUUGCCAGCUGUAAUGGGAGCAUCUAUGUCUUUAGAGAUCGCUAUAAGAAGGGGGAUGCCAACACCUAUAAACUCGACCCUGCUACUUCAGCGGUAACUGUCACAAGAGGCAUUAAGGUGCUGCUCACCAACUUGCAGUUUGUGUUGGCCUAAGACAGUGCUGGAAGAGCAGCUGACUCCUUCGCCCUCCCCUUGUCUGUGCAUCCCCAGUCAGUCGGAAGCCCCAGGCUCAUGGGGUGCUCUGUGUAGGGCUUCUCACACUCAGACACUUAGAGCCAACCUCUUCUCGGAUUUAGGCACAGCCUCCCCUUACCAGAUCAGUGUUAAAAAGAAGUAUCUUGGUUCCCAUACAGAAAGAGGCCCAAUCCUUUUGUCUCUAGCCAACAAAGUGGCCAGUUGUCACUUUCCCACAAAGAAUUAAGUAUUAGGUUUCCUACAGGAUUUGGACGGGACAGUGGACUAAGCUAAAAAUGUAUUUCACCAGCAAGAAUCAACUCUAGAAUUCAGGACGUUCCUUCUAAUGUUUUCUCAUCUACUGGUCAGGAAAAGAAACUUUGGUUGGUUUUUGGCUUACACAAACAGAUAAGCCAGAAGUAGAAACAAUUAUUUCUGAUUAAUAGCAGAAACUGUUUUCCAAACUGAAAUAUAUACAAUCUCUGGUCUUUUAAAAGCACUAAGCUAAAUCAAGAGUUAGGAACUGUUCAUACAAAUAAAAGUUUUUGAAGUGAUCUGUUUGUCUAUGAUGACCC